GUGAGGACCUGGGACAUACUCACUCGGCUGGAAAUGAGGGCACUCCUGUUGCUGGCUGCCCUGGGGGCAGUGGCUGCUGCCACCCCUGAGAAUUUUGUCGGGCACCAGGUGCUACGCAUUGUCCCCAGCAGCGAUGCCGAGUUGCAGAAGGUGCAGGAGCUGCAGGAGCUGGAGCACCUGCAGCUGGAUUUCUGGCUUUCACCCCGUGGCCUUGGGAACCCGAUUGACAUCCGCGUGCCCUUCCGCAGCCUGCAGCCUGUCAAAGCCCACCUGGAGGCCAACGGUGUCCCCUACUCCAUCAUGAUUGAGGACGUGCAGGCGCUGGUGGACCUUGAACAGAUGCAGAUGCUUCGUCGCCGCCGUUUCAUGCCAUUCUCCACCAGUACCUUCGAUUACACCAGCUAUCACACCCUGGACGAGAUCUAUGCCUUCAUGGACCUACUGGUGGCUGAAAACCCAAACCUGGUCAGCAAGCUGGAGAUUGGCCACACAACAGAGAACCGCCCCAUCUAUGUGUUGAAGUUCAGUAAAGGUGGCACGAAUCGCCCGGCCAUUUGGAUUGACACUGGCAUCCACUCCCGUGAAUGGGUGACACAAGCAAGCGGCGUUUGGUUUGCCAAGAAGAUUGUUGAAGAGCAAGAUGAAGGUCUGGCCAACAUCCUGGACCAGAUGGACAUCUUCCUGGAGAUUGUCACCAACCCUGACGGCUUUGUCUUCACCCACACCUCGAAUCGUAUGUGGCGCAAGACCAGGUCCAAGCAUUCUGGAUCUCUCUGCGUUGGCGUUGACCCCAACCGCAACUGGGACGCAGGAUUUGGAGGCUCUGGGGCCAGCGGCAACUCCUGCUCAGAGACGUACCGUGGGCCCUACGCCAACUCGGAGCCAGAGGUGAAGGCCAUCGUGGACUUUGUGAAGGACCAUGGGAACAUCAAAGCUUUCAUCUCCAUCCACAGCUACUCCCAGCUUCUGCUCUACCCCUAUGGCUACACCACCACUGCUGUGCCUGACAAGGAAGAACUGCACCAGGUCGCAAAGGAAGCUGUGGAAGCUCUGUCCUCUCUGUACGGCACGAAUUACAAGUAUGGCAGCAUCAUCACCACCAUCUAUCAAGCAAGCGGAGGAACCAUCGACUGGACCUACAAUCAAGGCAUUAAGUACUCCUUCACCUUCGAGCUCCGGGACACGGGACGCUACGGGUUCCUGCUGCCUGCCAGCCAGAUUGUCCCCACUGCCCAGGAGACAUGGAAAGCUCUGGAGGUCAUCAUGGCACACGCACGGAAUCACCUCUACUGAGCAGGAUCUGGAGCUGAGUGGUGGUCGAGUUGACUGGGGAGAAGAAUGCAAUAAAUAAGUGAGAAAAAAAAAUUUAAAGAGGAUGGUUUGGGUGGUGUUUCCCUCCUUCCAAACACAACAAAGCGAUCCAGUUGAUAGCCAACAUAGUGUGCGUU